AUGUGGAAAGGAUAUCUUUCAACUCACUUACAUCCUAAAAACAUAAACUACCUGCUCAGGGAACUUACUCACACUCUUCCAAUCCUGAAUUAUAAUCAUACUUUAAAACAACCUUUACUCCUGAACAACUACUUCAGUUUCCACACUGCUAGUUCUGAAGAAACAUACUUACUUUCAGCUACCACUUCAGUUGAGCAACUACUUCGGUUACCUUCAGUUACAACAACUGCAGUUCCUGAAACAACAACUACAGCUUCCGCAACUGCAGUUCCUGAAACAACUACUUCAGUUUCCACAACUGCAGUUCCUGAAACAACUACUUCAGUUUCCACAACUGCAGUACCUGAAACAACUACUUCAGUUUCCACAACUGCAGUUCCUGCAACAACUACUUCACUUAACACAACUUCAGUUCCUGAAACAACUUCAGUUACAAAAACUUCCGUUCCUGAAAUUACUACUUCAGUUUCCACAACUGCAGUUCCUGCAACAACUACUUCAGUUACCACAACUUCAGUUCCUGAAACAACUUCAGUUACAACUUCAAUUACAAAAACUUCCGUUCCUGAAGCAACUACUUCGGUUACUAUAACUUCAGUUCCUAACACGACUACUUCAGUUACCACAGCUUCAGUUCCUGAAACAAGUAUAACUUUAGAAACCACAACUAUAAUUCUUGAAACAAGUACUGCAGUUACAACUUCAUUUCCUGAAAAAACUAGUUCCGUUACCACAACUUCACUUCAUGAAACAACUACAUUAGUUCCUGAAAAUACUACUUCAAUUACCACAACUUCAGUUCCUGAAUCAUCUACUUUAGUUACAACUUCAGUUCCUGAAACAACUACCUCAGUUACCACAACUUUAGUUCCUGAAACAACUACUUCAGUUACCACAACUUCAGUUCCUGAAACAACUACUUCAGUUCCUGAAACAACUACUGCUUUAGAAACUACAACUCCCCAUGAUACAAGUACUGAUUCAUUUACCACAACUUCAGUUCCUGCUGUAGUUACUACAACUACACUUGCUGAAACAACUUCAGCUCAAAUUACAGGUACCAUUUUCUUUACUAAAACCACCUUAGUUCCUGAAACAAGUACUUAUUCUACUACUACAACCACAACACAGACAAGGACUACUCCAUUUACCUUAGCAUCAGUUCCUAAAACUAGUACUAAUUCAGAUAGCACAAUUUCAACCUCUAGGACUAUAGUUACUGAAACAAGCACCAUUUCAGUAAAUACAACUCCGGUUCAUGACAUAAACACUACUUCAGUUUCCACAUCUUUAACUGCUGAAACAAGUGAUACUUCAAUUACCACAACUUCAUUUCCUGAAAUUAGUACUACUUCGGCUACCAUAACUUUAAUUCCUGAAACACGUUCGAUUCCAGCUAUUUCAACCACAUCAGUACCACAGACAAGUACUACUUUUGUUGCUACUACGACUCCACUGCUUAUAAGUACCACUAUUUCAGAUAUCACAACGACUUCAGUUCCCGAAACAAGUACUACUUCGGUUCCCACAACGACUUCAGUUGUUGAAACAAGUACUACUUUGGUUCCCACUUCUAUUCCUGAAACAAGUACAACUUCGGUUCCCACGACUUCAGUCCCUGAAACAAGUACUACUUGUCUCCCACAAAGUACUACUUUGGAUGCCACAACUUCAGUCCCUGAAACAAGUACUACUUUGGUUACCACAACUUCUAUUCCUGAAACAAGUACUACUUCGGUUCCCACAACGUCUUCAGUUCCUGAAACAAGUACAACUUCGGCACCCACAACUUCAGUUCCUGAAACAAGUACUGCUUCGGUUCCCACAACUUCAGUUGCUGAAACAAGUACUACUUUUGUUCCCACGACUUCAGUUCGUGAAACAAGUACUCCUUCGGUUCCCAUGACUUCAGUUACUGAGAUAAGUACUUCAGCUCCUACAACGACUUUAGUUCCUGAAAUAAGUAAUUUUGACCUUGACGACCAGAACGACUUCAGUUCCCGAAACAAGUAUUUCUUUAGAUUUUACGACUUCAGUACCUGACACAAGUACUACUUCAGCUCGCCUGACCACUUCGGCCGAACCAACAGGAAAUGCUUCAGUUACAAGUACGACUGUAGUGCCAAUAUUCACUACAACCACAGCUACC